AUGCCUCGCAGCAAGGCGUUGAUGAAAAAGCGUGCUGGCAAUGGUGCUGCUCCCAAAAAGAUUGUCAUCAAACCAUUCUCCAAGCCUCCGGCACUGCCAGAAAAUUACUAUGAGAAGACAAGUCGCGAACUGCUGGAUGGGACAUUGAACAUUAUUUUCAAUCCCUCCGCACAGCAACUCAGUCUUCAAAAUUCCUAUCAACAAGUCGUCAACUUGGUGAGCCACAAAUUUGGCCCUCGACUGUACGGAGACUUGAUCAAGACCUUUCAAAAAGCCUGUGAGGUUUAUGUCCUGCCUCGAGCGGAGACAUCCCAAUUGCUGUCCUACAUCCAAACGCAAUAUCAGAGAUAUGUGGACUACCUGUUGCUCUGCAAACACGUCUUUCUUCCUCUGGAUCGAACACACGCGUUGACCGUGGAGGGAGAGAUUGUCAAGCGAGCGGCUGGGGAAAAUGCAUCCUCCAACGGUGGACAACUGAAUCAUCAUCAUCAUCAUCCAACCAAUGCCAGUGCCACCAUGGGUCUCUGGCAAGUUGGAUUGGAACAAUUUCGAAUGAGAUUACAACAAUUUCAAUUAGAUGAUCAAAUUUAUCAGCGAUGGUGGGAAGAUUUACAAUUAGAUUGGGACGGUAAUCUUGGCUUGGAACAGCAAACGCUGCUUCAGCGAACACUCUACAUGUGGCAAGAUUUGGCCAUGUUGGCAGACAUUUUGCCCAAACGACUCGAACCGGAUCUGAUUCAAUUCUUUCAAGCGAAAGCCGAAGAAAUGAAGUCGGAUAGUUACAGCGCCAAUGCGGCCAUUGCGUAUUGUCAUUCCAAAUGGAUGCACGUGGCGUAUACCUGGAGCCGCUUCUUGCCAAAGUCCACCUGUGUCACACUGUUGGAAAACAAUCUGUUCCGGCCGCACCUCAAUGAUGAAUGGUUGUUGAAACCUUCCAAUUUCGAUCCGCUGGUGGAAGAAACCAAGUCGGCAGUGGCGGCCAGUCCAACGGCGAUUCAACAAUUGUGGAUGCUGUGCGGAAGACUGCCCGGUGGCUACAAGAUUAUUGCUGGUGCUGUUUCCAAGUAUGCCAAGACUAGAGGUCUCGCCAUGAUGAAGUCAAUUGGUGAUUCCAAGGUUGGAAAGCAAAAAAUUGCCGAAUUACUUCAGCUACAGAGUGAACUAUCGACACUGAUAUCCAGUCUUCCCCACGGUGCGGAACACUGUUCUCUGAAACAUGUGUGGGAGGAUGUCGUGAACCCUCCCGAGGACAAUGACACCAAUGUCGUUGCGGAGGCUCUAGCCAAAUAUGUCGAUGUCCACAUGAAAGAUGCCAAGAAACAACAACCUGAUUCGAAUUGGGCAUCCAAGAUUAUUUCUGGUGUUUUCUGUUAUCUUCAAGCGAAGGAUAUCUUUGAAGCAUUCUACAAGAAGGAUCUUGCCAAGCGUCUCUUGUGGAACCGAAUCGUCAGCAUGGAUGUGGAACGGAAUUUCGUUUCACUGUUAAAGGCGGAAUGUGGAGCUGGAUACACGGCCAAGAUGGAGGGAAUGUUCCAAGACAUGGACUGGAGUCGAGAAACCAUGACAAGAUACAAGCAAUCAACGUUUAGUGAUGGGCCUACAGAUCAGCUGGAUAUGGACAUUCAAGUUCUGACUACGGGAUAUUGGCCAGUCUACCCGCAAUACCCCAACCUAAUUCUACCACAAAACCUAAAGGACAAACAAGAACACUUCUUGGAUUACUACAGGACGAAAUACCAAGGACGCCGAAUGACAUGGCAGUACUUUUUGGGGCACGUUUCGGUUCAGUUCCGACCGAAGGACAAUGGUCCAAAAUACAGCCUUUUGGUUAGUCUGUGCCAGGCUUUGGUGCUGGUGCAAUUCAAUAAUGGAAACGAUAUGAAGCUGCCGCAACUCAUGGCAGCCAUCGGGCUCGAGGACCGCCAGGAACUGGAACGAAUUCUACAGAGUUUGUCCAUGGGCAAGGAAGGAACAAGAGUCCUUCAGAAGCGAGAUAGUGAUGCUAGCGAAAAGAAAAAGAAGAGAAUGUCGGUUCAUGAUGACGAUACCUUUCGUAUCAAUACUGGCUUCAAAUCGAACCAGCGAAGAAUACGAAUCACCAAUAUCUUGAUGAAGGAAACCAAGGAGGAACGAGAAAAAACUGUGGAAGGUGUCAGUCGCGAUCGUUUGUAUUUGAUCGAUGCAGUCUUGGUCAGAAUCAUGAAGGCGCGGAAGACCAUUCUUCAUCAGCACCUGAUUCCGCAGGUGCUGGAGCAGGUCAAGGUGCCAGCCCAACCCACGGAUGUGAAGAAGCGAAUUGAAAGUUUGAUUGAGCGAGAAUACAUGGAACGAGACCCAAAAGACCGAAAUAGAUACAACUACCUAGCCUAA